AUGCGGCUCGGGAAGUGCCGGGUCAGAAGCGAGUUUACGGACCCCGUGCCGUUAGCGAGACGGGCCAACAGCAGCAGCAACGGUGGUACUGCCGAAACCGCACCUCCACAGCAUUCCACCUCUCCCACCACCACCGCCACCGCCGCCGACAGCAGCAGCAUGCUUCCGUCCGCCCCGGCUCCGCCCAUCCUCAUCUUCACCGUCCCUGCGUGCCGCUACUGCCGCCAAGCCAAGGCGCUGCUCGCGUCUAACGGCCUCGCCUACAGUGAAUGCUCCGUCGCCCUCGACAACCCCCCUCCUGCCGCCGUCGCUGCCGCUGCCGAUGCUGCCGCUACUACCGCUGCGCCUCUGGGCUCCUCCCCCUCGUCCUCGGCUGUGGUUUCCGCGGCAGAGGCGCGAGCGGCGCUGGCGGAGGCGUCAGGCAUGCGCACAGUGCCUGUAAUCUACGUUGGCGGGCGGCUGGUUGGCGGAUUUGACGACCUGGAACAGCUUGUGACCAGCAACAAGAUACAGGAUCUCCUUGCCUCCCCCCCUGACCCACUCCCGCCUGCCCUCAUUCCUUUGCUCAGCCUCAAACCUGCUGCAUCGAGCGACUCAGAGGCAGAAGCAGCAGCAGGGGCAGCAGCGGCGGCAGGGGCAGCAGGAGGUGCGGAAGGAGGGGCGGAGGUGUGGCCUGGAUUGAGUCGGGAGCUCAUAGCAGUGUUUGAGAAAAUGGCAGCAGGGGAGGGGGAGGGAGGGGUGAGGCGAGAGGAGGUGAAGGAGGGCCUGUUGGGAGCGCACAAGAGCGUGGUGUCCGGUGCUGCCAUUGUUGCAUGGCUCAAAGCGAACAUGCCUCCACCAGAAAACGCAGAGGGAGAUGGUGAAGCAGCAGCAGUGGGGUUGGCAGAGAAACUGGCAGCAGCAGAUCUCAUUCACCACAUCACCUACUCACAGCCCUUUACCAACAAACCCAAUGUUUUCUUCCGCCUCCUGCCCGACGAGCUGCCCGAAAGCACCGCGCUUAACGCGCGCCCGAUCUUCCUCCGGUCUGCGCAGGCGGCGUCGGUUGUUGCUAGCGGGCUGCGGGCGGCAACUGUGCGGAUGUACGAGGAGGCACUGUCACUGGACGGGGGUGGCGUGAGCUACAAGCGUCUGGCGGCGUCAGAUGCAUUCAAGGAGUAUGUGCGAGCCGCUGCGGAACUGCAAAAGGUGGAUGUGCUUGCGCUGCCGCGGCCCCACCGCAAGGCCUUCUGGAUCAACAUUUACAACUCCCUCGUGCUGCACGCCACGCUCGCACUCGGCCCACCCCAAUCCGCACUCGACCGCAAGCGCUUCUUCUCCAACUCCUCCUACCUCAUCGCCGGCCAUACCUUCUCUCUUGACGGUAUAGAGCACGGGAUUCUGCGCGGUAACCGUGCGACCAUCGGGUUGCCGUUCUUUCCGGGAAAGCGCCCGUUUGGAGGGUCAGAUCCGCGGAGAUUUUAUUCGCUGCCGCCCGCCGACCCGAGGAUUCAUUUUGCCCUGAACUGCGGUGCGCGGUCGUGCCCUCCGAUCCGUCUCUUUUCGGGGGAUGCAAUUGACAGUGAAUUGGAUACUGCUGCUGGUGCGUUUCUGGAAGGGGAUGUGCAGGUGGUGGUGGAUGGGAAGAAGAGUGGAGGGAAGGAGAAGGAUGGAGGAGUGGGAGGUGAGUUGGUGCUAGAGGUUACCAAGUUGUUGGAUUGGUAUGGGGUGGAUUUCGGAGAGAAUGAGGAGGCAAAGGUGCAGUGGAUACUGCCAUUUCUUAAAGCACAAGUGAGGGCUCAGGUGGAGGGUGCGUUGGCUGCUGGGAAGGCGGUGCGUUUGCAGAAACUCGUUGCUUCCACAGCCGCCGCCGUUGCCGCUGCUGUCACAGCAGCUGCUGUUGCUGGCGCUGCUGCUGCUGCUGCGCACGGGGGUGGUACCGCUGGUGCUGCUGUCGUGGCGCCGUUUGAUUCGUCCACGUUGCCACCCGCCGUGGCGGCGAUGAUGUCAGCAGUACUGCACAAGAUUCAGGAGGCGAUUGGGGAGGAAUUAAUUGAGCGAGGAGGGAGAGUGGAAUCAAACACUGGUGCUGGCACUGCUGUUGGUGCUGGUGGUGCUGCAGCGCCGGGUGGUGUUGGUGAUGCUGGUAGUGCAAAAGGGGGCGGUAAGACGGACGAUUUUCUGAAGCGAUUUGAGAGUCCGGACGGGAGGUCGACAGGGGCCAUUCUCAUGCGCGCAGGCAAGGCAUCACAGGAGCCAUCCAGCCCUGCGGGUCGGAAGGUGGACCGUCUCUUGGCAUCAUGGCUGCACUGCCCGCUCCCCAUGGCCUCUCUCGCCUUUGCCACACUCACAGUGCUCAUGGGACCGGCCACUGAUGCCCCCCACCUACUCUUUGAAUUUAUCUUCUCUGGCCCUCCCGUCGACCAAUCGGCUGUUGCCACGCUGCAGCACUCUGGUUCCGCUGCAGCUGCACAUGCUACCCAUGCUGCUAGCGCUGCCCAUACCGCUGGCGCUGCUCAUGCUGCUAACGCUGCCCAUGCUGCCAGUGCAGCUGGCGCUACUUCUGCUUCUGCUGAAGAUGCAGGAGGGGGAACUGCUGCCUCCCCGGCUCCUGCUGUAUCCUCAGCGUUCAACCAGCUGACAGUGGUGAUGGAUGUGAUUGCACGGAAGGACCUUGUAGCAGAUGCAGAGUACAGGCAGCGAGUCUAUGAGACCUCUCAGCUGGCUCGUCUGUGGGCGCAGUGUGCUGCCAACAAGAGGCUUGAGCCAUUCUCCCCAGCCACACUCUUCCUGCGUGCUGCUCUCUCCCCAACUGCGCUGCUCUUCUCACUCAAGCCUACACCGACCACCACCACCGACAGCAACAGUUCUGUUGUAGCGACCGACGCCUCUCCUGGCAAACCAAGGGCAAGCAGUGAGAAGCCAGCACACUCUGGAGCUGUCCCACAGCAGCAGUCAGCAGGUCCACAUGAGAGUGCUGAUUGGCUGUCUGAAACAGUGGAAGAAAUUGUUUGCCCUCUUGCAAAGGAUGUGCUGUCUUCAUGGUUGGAAGCUGCUGGCAGUGCAAAAGCUGUUGGAGGGGAAGAUGAGCAGCACGUGCUUCUGGCAAGAGAUAAGGCGAUUGUGGAGUGUGGCAUUCAAGUGGAUCUAACCAGUAAUCUCCCGCAUUUGUUUGGGCAGAAAAUCACCGACGAAAUAGUGGAUGUGUUUAGGAACCUGUAA